AUGAUACCUUGUCUAGAGGAGGCUUUGACUUGUAGAAUUCGCGUUAUACAGGCUUUAAAUUUAGUGUCUUUUUUCAGAAAACAAUUGAUUGAAGCUAACCAGAAUAUUCGUUUCUCACAUAUUCGAUUUAUUGAUUUAUCACGUGUGCUCCCUUGCGAGUUUAGACUUGACGUUGCUUUUGUUUUCUUCGAAUUAGGUAUCGUUCGAAGCACGUCGGCAAAGAGUCAUUACUAG